AUGGAGGAGAAGUUCAACAGACUCAUCUUCAUUCCCAUUGCGGCGGUGCUGUUCCUGAUGAUCGGCUACCAGUAUGUGUGCCCGGCGGACAGCAACACCUGCUACUUCAGAAGUGAAGACAAAGGGCUUUUCCAGCGGUACUCAUCCGGGUUCGAGUUAGUUUACACGGAGCCGGAGGCGGACGAGGACCUCCCCUCCAAAAUCACAUCCAAAUUCAACUUCACGGAGCGGGACCUGGACAGGCACGUCGACUUCAACAUCCGAGGGGACGAUGUGAUGGUGUUCCUGCACAUCCAGAAGACCGGCGGGACGACGUUUGGGCGGCACCUGGUCAAAAAUAUUCAGCUGGAGCAGCCCUGCGACUGCAUGCCCGGCCAGAGGAAAUGCACCUGCCACCGGCCCGGGAAAGCCGAGUCGUGGCUCUUCUCCCGGUUCUCCACGGGCUGGAGUUGCGGGUUGCACGCGGACUGGACCGAGCUCACGAGCUGUGUGCCUGUGGUGAUGAACAAGAGGGACAAGAAGAGCGCCCAAAAGAGCAAGAGGAAUUUCUAUUACAUCACCAUGCUACGUGACCCGGUGUCACGCUACCUCAGCGAGUGGAAGCACGUACAGCGUGGGGCCACUUGGAAAACAGCCCUCCAUAUGUGUGACGGCCGCCCGCCCACUCAGGACGAGCUGCCCGCCUGCUACAGCGGCGAAGACUGGACAGGCGUGCCCCUGUCAGACUUCAUGAACUGCCCGUCGAACCUUGCCAACAACCGCCAGGUCCGCAUGCUGGCCGACCUCAGCCUGGUGGGCUGCUACAACAUGUCCUCCAUGAGCGAGCUGGAGCGGGGCCACGUGUUGCUCGCCAGCGCCAAGGCCAACCUGCGCAACAUGGCUUUCUACGGCCUGACAGAGUACCAGCGCAAGACGCAGUACCUGUUCGAGCGGACAUUCGGCCUGCGCUUCAUCAGGGCCUUCACGCAGAUCAACAGCACGCGCGCAGCCAGCGUGGGAAUCAGCGAGAAGGUACGGUGGCGCAUCGAGGGGCUCAACGCCCUCGACAUGGAGCUGUACGAGUACGCCAAGGAGCUCUUCCUGCGGCGCUACCAGUACACCCGCCAGAGGCAGCACCAGGAGGACCGGCUGAGGAGGAGGCAGGAGAGGCAGCACAGGCAGAGGCUGCACAGGACCUAUCUGGCUGAGCUUUGGAGACUAGGAGGAGGAGGAGGGGGGGAGGAGGAGGAGGAAGAGGAGGAGGAAGAGGUGAAGGUGCUUGAGGAAGUAGCCACCACAGAGGACUACAGCAGCCAGGUGGUGCGGUGGUGAGGACGGGAACUAAAAAAAAAACAAAACACCAGUGCACAGACUGA